AUGGCGCCAAAAAAGAGAAAAUCAACGAAAGAAAAAGAAAAGGUUGACGCAACAAGCGAAGAUGAAUUUUAUUAUCAAACAGUUCGAAUUGUGGCUAACGAUCCCGAUGCAACAGAGAGUUCAAGUGAUGAACAAGUUCAAAAACCUAAUCCCUCAAAACCAUUACUACCUAAGAGAAUUUUGUGUGAGUUUGUGCAACCAAAUCCAGAAAUAGUUAAAAAGCUUCCUCAAAAACAAGGAUUGUGGAGAAGGUUUUCCACAAGCAUUUACAAAGGUGUUCGGCGCCUCCGUGGGAACAAGGAAAGAUAUGCAGCUCAGAUUAGAAAUCCAUUUGAAAAGACAACUGAGUACCUUGGUACUCAUGAUACCGAGUAUGAAGCUGCUUUGGCUUAUCGCAGAAAGACUAAGGAGUUCCAUAAAAGAAAGUUAGCUGAUUCGAACAAGGACAAACAAGGAGAGGAGGCAGUUGCACCUGUUCUUAAUCAAUAUUGCAAGGAACAAGGGAAAGGGUAUGAUCCCUCUGACGACGAUGAUGAUGACGAGGACGAUGACAUUGGAGGUAGAAAUGUUAAUGAUGUUGCAGUUUGA